CGAACUGAUAAAAGGCCCAAUUCCCUGUCCAAUAAAAGCCCGUUUCUCCUCGGGAUUUCACCACCGCCACCAUCGGCAAUGGCCACCUCGGAGAAGCUCCUCACACACCUCCGACGACGACGUUUCCGUGAAAUCUCCUCUCUUUCUAACUCGCUCUCCUUUGCCGUCCCUCCUCCAAUCUCACAUCGCAGCCUCAUAAACCCUAAUUCUCACUAUCAGCUUCACCAUCAUGGCUUGUUUAAAUCCAGACAUAAUCUUUAUUUUCCGUCAAAUCUCAUCUCACUUGCGCCAUUCAGCUUCUCUCACUCGCGGUCCUUCUCCAGCGGUGAUUCGGACUACGUGGGAACGGACGUUGCUGUCGAGUCGGCCAUUGAGUCGAUUCCUCCAGUUCGUUUUCUGGUUUCAUUGCUGGAUGGAUACCAUGAUGUUACUGGAUGGCCUUGGUGGAUAAUAAUUGCUUCCUCUACUUUGGCUCUCAGAAUUGCACUAUUCCCCAUUUUGGUGCUGCAACUUAAGAAAAUGAAAAGGAUUGCAGAGUUGUUACCUAAAUUGCCUCCUCCACUGCCACCACCCCUCUCAGGAAGAAGUUAUUUUGACCAAAUUUCACUUUUUCGUAAGGAAAAACGAGCAAUUGGCUGCCCUUCAUUUUUAUGGUUCCUUGCAUCCUUAUCCACCCAGGUGCCAUGCUUUAUCUUGUGGAUGAUGAGCAUUCGAUGGAUGUCAUUGGAUCAUCAUCCUGGCUUUGAUUCUGGUGGUGCUCUGUGGUUUCAAAAUUUGACUGAAUUUCCAAAUGGUGUUUUGGGACCCAUCUUUCCAAUACUGAUUUCUGGUUUGCAUUUCAUAAAUGUUCAGAUUUCUUUUAGCACCUCUUCAGUUGGACAAGUACCUGGACUUCUUGGUUUAUUAGCCAAAUACUACAAAUUCUAUUUGGAGAUUUUGACGGUACCUAUAUUCUUUACUGGGUUCUAUAUUCCCCAGGGCAGUUUAGUCUAUUGGGUCACCAACAGUUCAUUAUCUGCCAUUCAGCAAUUAACUAUCAGGCAUCCCACUGUUCGUGCAAAGCUGGGAUUACCAGAUAAGCAAGCUCCAAAUGCAGCUGCAAAAGAAAUGCAUACACCUGGAGAAGGAUCAUUAGGUCCACCAACAAAGCAGCAAUACAUUUCUCCAGAAAGUGUAUCCCCUCAAGAACUGCCUGGAAUCAAAUCAAUGUAUCCUCGAAGGAAGCAGCAUCAAAUUCCCAUUGAAAGCCUGUCCCCUCGAGAUCUGAUUGCUCUUUCAGUUCAAAUUUUAUCUAAAGGAGAUAAAGAUGGAGCAAUUCCAUUCAUACGCAUGGCACUUGACAAGGAUCCCAAUUAUGUAAGAGCUUUGGUUGUCAUGGGGCAGACUCUAUUGCAAAAGGAACAAGUGGAAGAGGCCAGUGAUUACUUAGAGCGUGCUGUUACCAAGCUCUUUCUCAUCGGCCAUCCAACAGAAGAUGAGGUUGAUCUUAUGAUUCUUGCAUCUCAAUGGGCUGGUGCUGCUUGUGUAAGACAGGGAAAAACUGCAGAAGGACUAGUACACCUAGAACGAAUAGCAAAUUUGAAAGAGCCAGAUGAACCAAAGAGCAAAGCCCACUACUUUGACGGGUUGCUAUUGCUUGCAAGUACUUUAUAUCGUGAAGGUCGUAACGCAGAAGCAGCAAAGCAUCUGCGCAAGGCAGCUGCUUACAACCCAGCCUACAAGGAGUAUUUGGAAGAAUGUGAGAGAGAAGACGGCUUUGUGAAUGAUCUGGUCAGCAGCAGAAGAGGAGAUUACUGAUUCACUUUUUCCAUAACCUGUGUAAGAACAAGUUUGAUUUUUGUGUAUUAUUAUUCUUAAUAAUUGAAUUGUGUCCUGCAAUAAAUCUAAGCAUGAAAAGACCGUGCUUUAGACAAUUUUGUUUGUUUUCUAUGUUGAUCGAUGGGCCUCUAAGAAUUCUAACAUAAAACAUUUUAUGUGAGUUAUUUGUUAUUUUUUGUUUCUAGAAA